ACUGUCUGAACGUGCUGGGGGCGCUGAUGCCACAGAUUUUUCUCACUGUAAACACACUGAAUCUCUUCACCUACAGGCCGUGACAACCAAUCACAACAGACAAGACCUGAAAAUCUCGUCGCGUUGUUUUAUUUUUUUUAUUUUAUUAUUAUUGAAUUUUUUUUUCCCGGACACAGUUUGCGACGCUGGUGCUGAUCUCAUCUAAAACACGGAGUUGCCUUUCCAGCAUCCGAACCAACAAUGCUAGCGUUAGCGCGGCUAGCUAGCUAGCACCCUGCGGAGCUCUCUUUAAAAGGCAGCUGAGGAGGAACUGAGUGUCGCUGUCAGUGUGAAACUUGUGUUAUCGUCUCGCGUUUUUGUCACGGAUGUGAACAGGGCGAGGAUCGAGGAUCUGUUCAAUGUAAACACCCCACCCUCUCCUCUUUAGCUUGUCGGCUAGCUAGCGGCUGCUGUUGUUGUUUGUCACUGCUGGGAAGUGGCACAGUUAACCUAGCUAGCUCGAUAAAUUGUUGCUGAAUGGGGUGGAGUUUUCAUUAGGGAUUGCCGCACAGGCUAGAAGAAUAAUCAGCUGCCAGUUCAGAAAGACCACGUCCGGAAAGAUGUUGUUGAGGAGCUGCUGGAAAUCUCGACAUAAAAACAGCCCGGGACCUGCUCCUUGUUGUUGGAUCCGACCGGGACUGGCAGCCCUGCUCUGGCUCUGUGUGACCCAGUUAGCCUGCGGUACUGGGGCGGUGGGGGAGACUAAAAAUGUGGUCCAGAAAGACGCAGAGUUUGAUGUCACCUACAACGACACGGUGACGAGUGAGAACCAGACCAUCUAUGCUUUCAACCACACCGUCUCCAGGAAUAAGACUGAGGGAGUGCAUGUGUCUGUGGAUGUGCUGUCACAGGGGUUGGAGAGUCCUAUCCUGUUUGUGGUGCGGCAGAAACAAGCCGUGCUGUCUUUCCAAGUCCCCCUCAUCCUGAGAGGACUCUACCAGAGGAAGUACCCGUACAACCACGUGGGCCGGACUCUCUGCCAGCCUCCGACCCGAGCCGCCUCCGAAACCCAGUACUUCUUCGUGGACGUGUCCACCCUGUCCAGCCAGGGGACGAACUACCAGCUCAGGGUCAGCCGUGUGGAGAGCUUCACCCUUCAGACAGACAAGAAGUUCACCUUCACCGCAUCACCGUCCCAACCUCAGUACUUCAAGUAUGUUUUUCCAGACGGGGUGGACACUGUGAUCGUCAAGGUCAACUCAGACAUGAACUUUCCCUGCUCCGUGAUGUCCAUCCAGGACAUCCAGUGUCCGGUUUAUGACCUCGACAAUAACGUGGCCUUCAUUGGGAUGUACCAAACCAUGACCAAAAAAGGUGCCAUCACUGUGCAGAGAAAAGAUUUCCCCAGCAACAGUUUCUAUGUGGUGGUGGUGGUAAAAACGGAGGACGAGGCGUGCGGCGGACCGCUGCGCUUCUACCCUCUGCGACCCGAUGAGCUGAUCGACGCCGGCAACCGCACCAAGAUCCUGGAUGUGAUGGUGUCGCCGGCCAUCGAUUCGAAGGUGUAUGUGAUGGGGAUGCUGUUCUGUCUGGGUAUCUUCUUCUCCUUCUACCUGCUCACCUUCCUGGUGGCCUGCAUGGAGAACAAGAGGAUGAAAAAGAGGAGGGAGGUGUUUCAGAUUCCUGCUGACAUGUCGCCGGCUGAGACAGCCUCUCUGCUUGGGAAGAACGGAGAUGGAAAAACUCCAGCCUCUCCGUACGAGUACGGCUCCUUCGCGGACAACGGCAGCACGCUGAGCUCGGAGGCCAUCACCGACAGCGCCACCUCGACCGACAACAACUACGGCUACAUGGGACAGGAGUCUUUCAAACGUCGACCUAUCCUCAGUCACCUUCACCACAUAGCCAUCCGCAUCGAACGAUCGCUGGACAGCGUCGGACGAAGCAGGCAGGAGUCUCUGAGCUCCGUGGAGGAGGACGACUACGACACGCUGGAUGACAUCAACUCAGACAAAAACAUAGUCCGCACCAAGAAAUUUCUGUGCGUGUCUGACCUGGCCCGCAAAGACAAGAGGGUCCUCAGCAAGAAAUACCAAAUCUACUUCUGGAACAUCGCCACCAUCGCCGUGUUCUACGCUCUGCCAGUCAUCCAGCUAGUUAUCACCUAUCAGACGGUUGUGAACGUCACAGGAAACCAGGAUAUUUGCUACUACAACUUCCUGUGCGCCCACCCCCUCGGAGCUCUAAGUGCAUUCAACAACAUACUCAGUAACCUCGGUUACGUGAUGCUGGGACUCCUCUUCCUCCUCAUCGUCCUCAAGAGAGACAUCGUCCACAACCGAGCCCUGGUUCGCAACGACCUCAACGCCCUGGAAUGUGGUAUCCCUAAACACUUUGGUCUGUUUUACGCCAUGGGAACUGCUCUGAUGAUGGAGGGUCUGCUCAGUGCCUGCUACCACGUCUGUCCCAACUACACCAACUUCCAGUUUGACACCUCGUUCAUGUACAUGAUCGCCGGGCUGUGUAUGUUGAAGCUGUAUCAGAAGAGACACCCGGACAUCAACGCGAGUGCUUACACUGCAUACGCCUGCCUGGCCGCAGUCAUCUUCUUUUCUGUGCUGGGAGUGGUGUUUGGGAAAGGAAACACAGUCUUCUGGAUCGUUUUCUCCGUGAUCCACAUCCUGGCCACUCUCCUCCUCAGCACACAGCUCUACUACAUGGGCCGAUGGAGGUUCGACUCUGGGAUCCUGCGCAGGAUGGUGUACAUCAUCUACACAGACUGCAUCAGACAGUGCAGCGGACCCAUGUACAUCGAUCGGAUGGUUCUGCUCGUCAUGGGCAACAUCGUCAACUGGUCUCUAGCUGCCUACGGCCUCAUCGAGAGGCCGAACGACUUCGCCUCCUACCUGUUGGCCAUCGCCAUCUGCAACCUGCUGCUCUACUUUGCCUUCUACAUCAUCAUGAAGCUGCGGAGCGGUGAGAGGAUCCAGUGUUUGGCGUUGGUGUGUAUUCUCUUCACGGCGGUGGUGUGGGGAUUCGCACUGUAUUUCUUCUUCCAGGGUCUCAGCACCUGGCAGAAAACACCAGCAGAGUCCCGCGAGCACAACAGGGACUGCAUCCUGCUUUCGUUCUUCGACGACCACGACAUUUGGCACUUCCUCUCCUCCAUCGCCAUGUUUGGAUCCUUCCUGGUCCUCCUGACCAUGGACGACGACCUCGACACCGUCCAGAGAGACAAGAUCUACGUCUUCUAGAUCUUCUGCCUUACUGCCCUCCUCCUCUUUUCUCCGUUUGCGUCUCCUUCAUGUUCUCAGAAAGAAAAAAAAAUAGCACAGCCAGUAGCCUGUUUGUCGCUGACGGAGGGGUGCAUCAGAUGUGGUACAGCCCACUCCCUCCAUUUUGUAUGGACACUAAUGUGCCAACAAAGAGCUGGAUCGACGUUGAGUGAUGCUGAAGUGUUUCGUCCUCUCGCUGCCAUCGUCGAUAUAACUGUCGUAAUCGAUGUUUACUUACUGCUGACGAUGAAGAUAACAAUGUACAAAAAAAAGAAAAAACGGUCUGAAUUAACUUAUUUUAUACUGUCUGCAAGUCAACAAUGCAUUUUGAAAUUGCUGUUUGUAUGCUGUUUAUAUGCCGAGUGUGUGAAAGUGUGCGUGUGUUUACAAAUGAAUCCUGUCCAGUCUGUUGGUGGCCUUCAAUGUUCUAAUCAUGUUAGUCACAUACUGUGCUCUGAUUGGUCAGUUCCUCCAGCUAGCCGUCCUUCUCAUUGGGGAAAUAUCGAUGAUGAUGAUUGUAUUUACUUCCUGACUGCCCUAAAGUCUGACCAUGAAGGUAUUUUUUUGCACUGUACUGUAUGAAAAAUGGAUUUUAAUGUCGAAAUGUUGGAAUGAGCGGUUACUGAAUAAAGGUCUCAUUUUCAGA